UAACCUGCCCCUCACUAACAUUGAAAAUGUCUCCCAACUCCUCCUACUGCUGUUCCCGCCUUGCAAGGCCACACCCCCCCCAAACUUGAUUGGUUGGCUUCAACAUAAUGGAGUUUGCAGCUUAUACUAGAGGACUGGGUUUGCACUAUACCCUCUAUAAGAUUUCAUGGGAGCAGAUGCAGCCUCUUAAUCUUUUUUUCUGCAAGUAACAACCCAGCUCUACAUGUGAGCACACAGAAGACCAUGAAUAUACAGCAGACAGACCAUACGACUGUCGAAAGUGUCUAUGAAAAGGUUAAUAGGGAUUGAUCUCCUGCUGUUCAGCCCUGCCCUGUGGAGACACGUAUAAAGCCCACCCUCUGUCCCGCCCUCUGUUUUCUGAGCGGGAGAGAAUUGUAGUUUAGUUUUUCACUUCCUGUGUCAGCCAUGGCAUGUGCUUAUCUGAGAGAGGAGAUGAACUGCUCCAUUUGCCUGAACACUUAUACAGAUCCUGUACUGCUGAGAUGUGGACAUAACUUCUGCCGGGACUGUAUUGAUCGUGCGCUUGAUACACAAGAGGGGUCUGGAGUUUAUUCCUGUCCUGAAUGCAGAAAAAGGUUUCAGCAGCGACCUGCUCUGAUGAGGAACAUUGCUCUGCGUAAGAUAAUGGAUAGUUUCCUGCUUUUUCCACCAACAAAGAAAGAACCCGGGAUCUUCUGCACUUACUGUGUGGACUCUCCUGUACCUGCUGUGAUAUCCUGUCUUCACUGUGAGGCUUCUCUGUGUGAUAAACAUCUGAGAGUUCACAGCAAAUCACCAGAACAUGUCUUCACUGAUCCCAGCACUUCCUUGGUGGACAGGAAAUGUUCUGUACAUAGGAAGAUUCUGGAAUACUAUUGCACUGAGGACGCUGCUUGUAUCUGUGUGUACUGUUCAGUCGGAGAACAUCGGGGACACCGGGUGGAGAGGCUGGAUGAGGCCUGUGAGAAAAAGAAGAAGAAACUGAGAAAUGUUCUCCAGAAACUGAUCACAAAGAGAGAGGAGACUGAGGAAAGAGUCCAAAGUCUGGAGGAACAUUGGAGAAAAGCUCUAGAAAAAGCAUCUGGAGAAGAGGAGAGAGUCACUGCCCUGUUUAUAGACCUGAGGAGACUGCUGGAUGACCUGGAGAAGAGGGUCCUGAGUGAGAUCUCCAGGCAGGAAAAGGAAUCACUGUCAUUGUCUGCUCUGAUCCAUCAGCUGGAAAUAAAGAAGGACGAGCUGUCCAGGAAGAUGAGACACAUUGAGGAGCUGUGUAACAUGACGAAUCCACUGACUGUCUUACAGGAACAGGACACAGGUGACUUGUGUGAUCCUGAGGAGGGGGGAGGGGAUGAGGACACAGGGGGACAUAAUACACAUGAUGUAGAUGAUCUGGAUGUGACUGUGAUCUCAGACACAUUCCGCACAUUAUGUGACAUAAUAUCAGGUAUAAGGAGUAGGAUCUAUGUGGAGCGUCCUGUAGACAUAUUACUGGAUGUAAACACAGCUGCUAGUAGUAUCCGUUUAUCAGACGACCUGAAAACUGCAACCUGGAGACGAGAAAAACUGAAUGGUCCACAAACGGCAGAGAGAUUCCAGGAUUAUCCUCAGGUGAUGAGCAACCAGAGAUUUUUCUUUGGACGACAUUACUGGGAUGUGGAGAUCAGUAGUUCAAGACUUUGGAGUGUGGGGAUGUGUUAUCCCAGUAUAGACAGGAGAGGAGAUCAGUCAGGCAUUGGAGAUAAUAACAAGUCCUGGAUUUUAAGAAGAAGGAGUAGGAAUAAGUAUUCAGUGAGACAUGACAGGAAAGAGAUCCAGAUACCUUACAAUAUCUCCAGUGAUAGAUUCAGGAUAUAUCUGGAUUAUGAGGCCGGGCAGCUGUCCUUUUAUGAGCUUUGUGACCCCAUUAGACACUUACACACCUUCACCACCACCUUCACCGGGCCCCUUCAUGCUGCAUUAUGGGUAAGGGAAGGUUCUAUAAAGAUUUUAGGGGGAGGCAGAAACUGCUGAGAGAAACUGAGAUUCUCAUUGGUGGAUUAUUUAGCCAACAGGAUGAAUGAGAAUGUGGGGUACAGGUGAGGAUUCCUACACGGCAGCCGUCCUUAUGACUAAAUUGUCUAAGGCCUAAAAAAUCAUAGCUACCACACUCAUAGUACCUGCUGUAAAGCUUCUAUAGUAAACAGCAUUGUGCACAUAGGAGGAGAUUUAUCAAAAUCUGUGCAGAGGAAAAGUGGCGUAGUUGCCCAUAGCGACCAAUCAGAUCUCUGCUUUCAUUUUUUACAGACCUCUUUAAAAUAAAAGUGAUCUGAUUGGUUGCUAUUCGAAACUGCACCACUCUUCCUCUGCGCAGUUGUUGACAAAUCUCCCCCAUAGUGCCUCUAUAAUGUUUCAUCUAUUUGGUAGAUAGCGCUAUAUUAGUGUCUUCCAAAGGGCCCCAUAUAAUGUGUAAGGGUACGUUCCCACACGGCGUAUUUUGCUGCGUAUUUGGUGCUGUGUAUUUUCCUACCCAUUGACUUCAACAGAGAAAAUAAAAUACGCAGCAGCAAAUACGCAGCAAAUACGCCGUGUGGGAAUGUACCCUUAGAGUCAAUUUAAAGGCCAAAAUUCUGAAUGUUGCUAUGAGUAGAGAGCAUGAGUGUACAAGGGAUUUUCUCAGGCAUCCUAGUUGGAGGAAUUGGGAGUAAAGCGUGUCUUGCAAUAUUAAUUCAAUGUAAUUAAAGACUUUGAAUGUUUACAAAUGACCUACUCCAUGCUGUAAAUUCUAAUACUCAGCAUAUGUAAGUCUAUAUUGUAAAUUAUCUUGAUAUUUAUAAACAAAAGCAAUAAAUUUACAUUGUUAUAUUCUCCUGCUAUUGCCU